UACAGCCAUAGCUUCUGUUGAGACUUGAGAGAGAACUACUGAGACUAGUUGUGGGAUGCAAUGGCUACCCUUCCUCUCUUCGUUUUCUCUCUCUUUCUUUCGACCAUCUCAUUCUUAUGUUCCACUACCCCUACCCCUACCGGGAAAGGCAUUGAUCUUGAAAACCCAGUACUAAAUGUCAACCCAGCACCGCUUUCUCUUUCUGGGCACUUGCCUACCGCUGGUUCUAAAGAUGUUUUAUUUUGUGAACGGGUUCGAGUUUCUGGUAUACCUAGAUCAAAAAUUGGGAGUUAUGCAAAUUCCUUUCGGAUUACUCUCUCUCCAUCUGUCGUAAUCCCAGAGAGGUUGCAUAGCAAAAUUGAGGUCUGUUUUCACCGUAAUGAUUCGCUUGGACUCUGUCAGUGUAGAAAUGAUGAAUGGAAAAAUCUCGAGAAAGGGCUAUGGGAAUCUGUCAUGUCCCCUUAUGAGGAGAAAUAUGUUGAUGUCAAGUACAUUGGCAAUUUACUUGGGUCUUCUAGCAUCACUGUUGAAGAAGUUUCUCAGCAAUGGCGCCUUUGGUUUCUAGCAGUGGGAUUCAUUUUACUGUUGCUGGCACCAAGCAUCAGUAGUUGGGUUCAUUUUUAUUAUAGCACUUCAAUGGUCAUAGGAGUUUUUAUGGUCAUUAUAUUCCUUCUCUUCCAGGGAAUGAAAUUGCUGCCAUUUGGAAGAAAAAAUUUCUUCUAUCUUGUUACUGUAUAUGGAUCAGUGCUUGGAGCCGGAUCUUAUCUCUUUCAUCACUUCUCUGCCAUGGUAAAUUCAAUUCUUGUAAAUUUUGGGAUUAGUGAAGACAUGCACAAUCUGAUCUCUAAAUUUUUACUGGUGGCGAUUAUCCUUAUGGGUGCUGCACUAGGUUACUGGAUUGGGAGGAAGCUUUUCAUCUCAAAGGAUGGAACAGUAGAUGUUGUUGUAGCCCAAUUUGCUAUGUGGGCAAUCCGCUUUUUUGGAAUCACAUUCAUCUCUCAGAGCACUCUCGAUACUCCUUUGGCUAUUGGAGCGUUGGUUUCCUGCUUGGUUAUCUGCAAACUUAUCACUUCUGUGAAGUGGCAUGGUAGAAUGAAUCAGUCAAAUGGUGCGAGUGGGAGUCCUUUACAGCAGAAAGGAAGACACGUCACAGGAAGACACAGUCGUCCAGAGUUCCUUUGCAGGUCAAGCGCACUAGAGGCAUGGAACAGUACAAGGGGUGCAUCUGCUUGGUCUGAUUCUCCUGUUAAAGGUGUUGUGUCGCCAUCUUUUAGGACAUGUGAUCAACAGGAGUACUAUUCAACCUUCCACAAGAUGCGAAACCGAAAGAAGUUCACAAAGAAAGAGUGGGAUGAUUUUACAAAGGAAUCAACACGGCAUGCUCUAGCAGAAUGGGCAGCAUCUCCUGAAUUCACCGAUUGGAUUAUCGAGCAUGCCGACCGCAUACAACUCCUUCCAAGCGAUAGUUCAGAUGAAACUGUGGGUAGUGAAUCUGAUUCUACUGAUGAGAAUGUCGUGGGGAGCACGGAUAGGUGUGGUUUUCUCAAAUGGUAGUGGUCGGCAUAUAAUAUUUUGCCGACUGCAGCUUAGGUUGUCUUUAGUACCUGCGGAAAGACAUGUAAAGUUGUAUAGAACUGGGUAGGAAUGACUCAAAUUUUUUUCCACCAUUUAGCGUUACGGUGAGAAAUACGGAGGAUUCUUGCAAGUCUCAGACCAAAAUAAAGACCCCAAGCCUCAAGCAUCAAGGACAGCACCAACACCCAAGUUAACUUGAAAGCCAGUAACCCAAUUACCAAAAUGAUCUCUAAUGACACCACCAGCACCAAUUUUUCCAAACAGAGAAGCUCUAGUGCCAUCAACAUUAAGCUUAUAGUAAUUUUCAGGAGGCCUCGUCCAAGCAAGCAUAGAGAAAUCAUAAGUUCUAGAAACUCUAGAAACUCUAGUCUUAAGAACAGCGAGUUUCCAUUCCUCAAUAGAACUCAAAAUAAUUUUUCCAGGAUUAAGAUAGGCAUAGUGAAGGUAGGAUCAAAUAUUUGUUUAUUCCUCCAUUUCCAAAUGUGCCAACAAACACAAACAAACAGUAAAUAUUUGUUUUUACCUGAGAUAUUAGCCUUUUAACAACGUGAGUGUGCCUGCUCUUGAAAGUGUAUUGGCUUUCCAGCCAGAAAUUUUUUUCUGGAUUUUAAGCAGUAACUCAUUUCGAUUGAGAGGAUCUUUCCAAAAAACAAUGUUAUGUACUCCCAGGUAUUUUCCAAUCGAAGCUUUAUGUUGUAUACCAAUAUGGUCUGAAAUGUCUCUUUUAGCAGAAGCAGAAACAUUAGAAGAAAAAUAAAUGGUAGACUUAUGGAAAUUAAUAUAUUGACCAGAGGCUGAAGAGAAAUUCUUUAAGAUAGCAAGUACAUUUUUUGUGACGAAGUUAUGGGUUCGAGUCACCAUGUGGGCAGGAGUGAAACCCUUUGAUCCUCUUUUUAAUAAAAUAGAAUUUUUUUUUUUAAAAGUACAUUUUUUGCAGCAGAAUGAUUAGUCUUAGCAAAAAUUAAACAAUCAUCAGCAAACGU